AUCAUAUACAAAACUACCUAGCUAGCAAGAAAACAUAUCCCCGGAAAUAGCGAAUAUGGCCAUGUCCUCGAGCACAACAAUGAAUUGGUUGGCGGCCCUUGUGGUGAUAGCAAUGAUGGCAGUACAGAGCGAAUCAGCAGUGACAUGUCCUCAAGUGGUGUCGAAGCUGAGGCCAUGUGUGGUGUACGUUGCAAAUCAAGGGCCAUUGCAGGCUGAAUGCUGCACUGGAAUACGAGCACUCUAUUCCUUGGCUCAGACCACGCCAGACCGUAGAAAUGUCUGUAACUGUAUUAAAAAUGCAAUAUCUGGAUUUUCAUUCAGUUCGACCAACCUUAAUCUCGCGGCUGGCCUUCCUGCCAAAUGCGGCGUCAACCUUCCCUACAAGAUUAGUCCCAGCACUGACUGCAACAACAUCGUGUGAGGAGAUAUAUAUGUAUAAAAAGAUAUGGACAACCAGACAACUCCCUCCAUGAUCAAGAAGUACUAUGAGAAAUAAAGGGACGGCCGGCGCCUGCCUCUCUUGGAAGUUGGGUUUCCUAUAUUAUUUAUAGAACCAGCUCUUUUAGAUGUCUCCCUACCUAUUAUGUUCACGUAACUCCAUCUAUAUAUAUAUAUAUAUAUAUAUAUAGUUAUCUGGAAGUAACGUAUGUUUUAGUUGCAGUAGUAGAGAGGGAGGUUGUACUUGGUUAUCUGCAAUCUAUUCUCAUAUAUUAAUUUAA